AUGUACGACCAUGAUAUUGUGUAUGGAAGCAGCAUGCAAGAUCAACCUCUCUCAGAGCUGGACAAUUUAGAAAAGUGGGGCGGCCAAGACGAAUCCGGUCCUGAAAUCAAUAAGAUGAACGCAGAAAUGAGUGGAAUUGACGAUAUGGACGAGCAGGGAAGCAAAGACGAACCCAGUCUUGAAAUUAAUCAGAUGGAUCUAAAAGUGGGUGAAAUUGACAAUAUGGAAGAGCGAGGCAGCAAAGACGAACCCAGGCCUGAAAUCAAUCAGAUGGACGCAGAAAUGAGUGGAAUUUACAAUGUGGACGAGCAGGGAAGCAAAGACGAACCCGGUCCUGAAAUAAAUCAGAUGGAUCCAGAAGUGGGUGAAAUUGACAAUAUGGACGAGCGGGGCAGCAUAGACGACCUCGGUCCUGAAAUCAAUCAGAUGGAUCCAGAAGCGAGCGGAGUUGACAACAUUCAAGAUGAAAAUGAUCCCGCGACUGAGGAACCAACAACGGAGGAACCUAUCAUUAUCAUAACAUGUGGACCACCUAAAAAGCCUGAGACUAACGCCCCACCGACUGAGAAACCUGUUACAGUUGCUCCACCCACGAAGAAGCCCGUACCUAAACCUAAACCUAAACCUAAACCACCUGUUAAGAAACCUAAAAGUUUAGCUUUAAUUGAUAAAGACGAAGAGGUCGAGGACGAGGUCGACGAAAUAUGA